AUGGUCCUCCAAGGCCUCAAGCCUCACAUCUUUGACAGGCUCAAGAAGUUCACAGGACGGUGGGCAGGCGAGGUGCCCGCGAGGCUCUGGAGCCUAAGGAUGACCCCGAACAGAUCCACGGGCUUCACACCUUUCUUCAUUGUGUACAGCGCUGAGGCCAUCCUCCCUACCGACCUCGAUUAUGGGGCGCCACGGGUCAAGGCAUACGACGAGGCAAGGUCAGAAAAAGCUCACGAGGACGCACUCGACCAGCUCGACGAGGCGCACGAUGUGGUAGUCCUCCGGUCAGCCAAGUACAAACAGGUCUUGUGGUGCUACCACAGCAAGAGCAUGAGGGGGUGGGCUUUUCAGGUUGGCGACUUGGUCCUCUGA